CGAUCGUGUUCGUAUACACGUAGUUGGCAAACACAAAACAAUUUUAUUUUAUGAAUUAGUUAUCAAAGGUACCAGGAUUAUAAUUUAUAAUUAUAAGCUAUUUAAAAGCUUAUAUAAUUUAUAGUUAUAAGCUAUUUAAAAAAUCAAGGUAGACAUGUACAGUGAUGUUAGUGCAUAGAGACUCCAUUGAUCAGUAUAAGGUUCGUUGUAAUGGAAUGUGUGUCUGAGAUAAUUAAAGACUUCAAGCAUCGAAGCAAUCGAUUUCUUGUUUUAUUCGCACUUGAAUAUCUUGUAGACGGAAUACAAGACCACGUUAAGAGUGAAUUUAACACUUUUCAUGAAGGACUGAAAAAGCUGCCAAAACAAUGUCUGCUUUCUUGCAGCAAGAAUGGCUUGUGCGAUGUCUGUACUGGACGUAAACGUUACAUUGAAGCAUUCCAUAGAGAUCCACGCAGCAUUAAUUGGUCACAAAUCGGUUCAUCCAAAUGGCUUACAGAUCCGUUCGAAGUUGAAAAAUGUUUUCUUCCCGAAUGGUGUUUUAAAUCAAAUCGUUCGAAAUUCUCCGGUGAUGAACAUGAUGAUGUUGCAGUUACAAUAGGAAAAAUAAUGAAUUUUAAAACUCUCUACGUUAAAUUUAGUACAACAGUCAAGCCAAAUGAUAUAUGGAAAAUAAGAAAUCAAUUGGUAAAUGCAACAUGGAUUUCUUUUGCUCGUAAAGUUGAAUUGUGUGCCGCAAUAGGGACAUUUAUUCAAACUUCUCCCAUUUACUCGGAAAAUACAUUAGCGAAAACAUCAUAUAACAAAAUUGAAAUAUUGAAAGAGAAAUCGUACGAUGAUAUAAUCAGUGGCAAACAUAUAAGCAAGAAGGAAAUUAAUACGUUACACAAAAGGGUGAAUCCUAAAGUAGGCAGAUUUAAUAUCUAUAUGUACGUCAUUUCAAUAUUGUUUAUAUGUAUUGGAGUAAUUACUAAUAAAGCAAUACCAAAUGAGCUAGAUGCCACGACGAUAAAUAGGAUCCGAUAUUCACAUUCUAUUGAUAGUUGUAAUCUUGGAUAUGGAUUGCACUUUGAGUAUUAUCUUCAACAACAGAGACAUUUUGCCGGAAGAAAAUGGCUGAUUGACGAAACAUUUCAUCGAAUCAAUGUCACGCAUGCGAAAGGUGUCAUGCUGAUUGCGGGUCCUAAUUAUGGAAAAUCAGCAUUUAUUGCCGAUAUUAUUAAAAACAAAGACCAUUGUAGACCGAAUGGAUACACAAUUAUUUACCAUAUCUGUAAACGCGACGUUAAAAUGCUUCAAAUGCCGGAGAAAUUUGUACUAAAUUUAAUGCAACGGAUUAGUUGUUCAUAUCCAAGAUAUCAAAAACUACUAAGAGAGGUAGAUACACAGUGGACGGACAUUAGAGGAGUAUGUAUCUAUGAUCCUUAUUAUUGUUUAGACAACUUUGUCAUUCAUCAACUGAAUGAACUCAAAUCAGUAUUAGGUCACAAACUUUUAAUAAUCGUUGAUGGAAUUGACCAAUGCUAUAGCAGCCAAAUGGGAGUACAAUUAGUUUCAUUAUUGCAGGCACGAUACACUAAAUUUCCAAGUUGGGUUAGAUUUUUGUUCACCACAAGAAACGAUUCUUCUAUAUUGCAACAGUUCAGUGACCUAGACCACUUGCAUCUUUUCCAUUGAGAAUCUGGAAUUAAAGACGUUUAAUUAUCAGUUCCAUGUUACAAUAUGUCAAACUAAUCUUCACAUUUGCUGAGAAUAAACGUUUAAAUAUCAUGUUACAAUAUUCUUAACAGUUGUGCAGGAUAUUUCUUGUCUUGAAUACAACUGCUUUCAAAACAGAUAUUUUGACAAGUAACAUUAACGGUGGUGACAAUUUACUGCACCAAAUAUAUGUCCAUUCAGUGCUGCUCGUGACCAAACUAUUUGAAAAACUAAAAUAUAAACAGACGAUCAAAAUAAAAUAGACCUAAAGUAUAGCCAUAUCCACAAGAUCCAGACAUAAUCGCCUCUAACCAAAAUCAAACUUGAAAUUCUUUUCAACAGAUUUCGAUGUACUAGUAUGUAUUAUCGUUUAUCUCUCGUUUGCUGUGAUUUCGAAACAAAAUCUUCAGAUCA